GUCUUUUCCCAGGUGGUGCUUGACCACAUGAGAAGGAAAUGCAAGUGCCACGGGACGUCGGGAAGCUGUCAGCUGAAGACCUGCUGGCAGGUCACCCCGGAGUUCCGGGUGGUGGGCUCCAUCCUCAAAGAGCGCUUCCACCUCGCCACCCUCAUCAAAGCUCACAAUCGAAACACCGGACAACUGGACCACUCCAACCACAACAACAACAACCACCACAGUCACCAUAACCAUCACAACCACCACCACCAUCACCAUCAUCAGAACAACCACCACAACCACCAUCACCGGCGGAGGCCGAACAUCAACGAACUGGUCUACUUUGAAAAGUCGCCAGAUUUCUGCGAGAGGGACCUGGGUUCGGACUCGGCGGGCACGCAGGGCCGGAUCUGCAACAAGACCAGCCCCGGCAUGGACAACUGUGAGAGUCUGUGCUGCGGGAGAGGCCACAACAUCCUGCAGCAGACGCGGAGCGAACGCUGCAACUGCAAGUUCCACUGGUGCUGCUAUGUAGUGUGCGAAGAGUGCAGGAUAACAGAGUGGGUCAGUGUCUGUAAAUGAAGAAACACACACUAAAAGACUGUACACAAUAAAGAAAACAAAGAAAAAGAGACUUUUUUAAAACCAAGGAUAUUCAUUUCAAAGGGGAGUAAGACUGUUAUAUAUUUGCCCCAUACCUUUUUGCGAUGGACUGCUGUUUUCCAGAAGCGGGGCGACAUUGUGUUAAGCAGUAGAUCCAGCAGAAAGAUAGAUGCGCAUGUUGGUAAAUAGCGUGCACAUGCAAAAUAUGUCUAAAGCUGCCACAACUCAGAGAGUUCGAAUGUUCACUGACUUCCUUUUGAGACAAAGGAACUUAGUUCUAUCAGAUAGUUAUCUGAAAGCUAAGAAAUCUGGGCUGAUAAUGAUUGACAUACAGCUGCAUGAGAUCCAGGUGUGCAAACAGGAAGUUGAGAGUAAGCAGUAGAUUGCAUGCAAAAAAGAAAAUAGUAUUGCUUCAUAGCACCAGCAGUAUGGAAGGUCUGAGACCGAUAAAGACCUUUUCCCACAACAGGAUUCACAUUCACAGGAUUUGGCACAGCACACAACACCCAGAGCACUUAAGGAUUUAGUGCCUUGUUCAAGGGCAGUUCAGAAGUUUCAAUGUUCAUACCAACUAUCACAUUUUCACCUAAAAUAACAGCAGGGGACUGUGUUGCUUCACUGACAUGUUAAUGUAAAUGUUAAUUUUAGUAUAUUGCACGCAUAAUGUGUAACCCUGCAAAUGGUGAUAGCACCCCACAAUACGUUCACAUGAAUCCCAAAAAGGACUGGACUAUAUGAGUAAAAGGAGCAAAUUACAUCAACGAUGAA